UUUAUCCAAGAAUAUUUUAGGUUAUGUUUGUUGUACAUAAAAAUUAAAUAAAUUUUUAAUAGUGUAGCCUUAAAAUGUUACGACGGUUUUAUCAUGUUUCUGCUACGCUACACAGUGUGAAAAAACAAGGGAUUAAACUUACGAAAAUGAUUAACCCUAAAAUGAAAAAACAGUGGUAUCCGUCGGAAACGAUGAAUUCAAAUCCAAUGCCUAGUAUCAAAAGUUUGACAAAAAUAAAGAACGAACCAGGUAAACGAGGAAUACGAAGAGUAGCAGUUUUAAAUAAAGUAUUUAUGAAAUACAUAACUGAUAUUAUGUCCACCGGAACAGUUGCUAUCAAUAUAGUUGGCAAAGGCAUCGAAAUUUCGAAGGUCAGAGUCACUCCUGAUUUCUUAACAGUAAAUGUAUUUUGGGUUUGUAAAGGCGAUUCCACAGAUGAAGAAACAGAAAGUCUGCUUAACACUAUUGCAGGAGCACUUCGCCAUGAAUUAUCCACUUUGAGAGUAAUGGGGGAAGUACCUUAUAUUGUAUUUGUUAAAGAUAAACAAGAAGCACAAAUAGCGGAUCUCGAUCGAAGAUUAACCGUAGCAGACUUCGGUGAAGACUACACUCCUACUGAUGUGGGACAUAUGCUAAAAACAGAGUUCACUUUGAACACAAAACUUUCACCUGAAAUGAAGGCGAAAAUAGCACAAUUGGAAGCUGAACUACCUGUAACAGAAGAUCCCUUGCCAGAAAUGACUCACAAUGUUUAUGGAUUAGAUCACGCAUUGAUCAUGAAUAGAUUACUAGCUGCUAGACGAAGGAGCAAGGAUGCAUGGAGUAGCCUUAAGGAAGACUCACCAGUGAUAACAUACAGAGCACCUGAAAACAAAGGAACUGAAGUCGACACUGGAAAACAGAAACAGGAAUUAGCUGAUUUCUUACUUAGAAGACAGAUUCUAGAGAGUAAACUACGUAAGCAGAAAUUUGAUAAUCGAGAAUGGGUCGAAGAAAAUGAAGACAGAGAAGUAAAUGAAUAUGAUGAAGAUUUUGAGGAAGAUUACUUUGAAGACUAUGACGAUCUUGAUUACGAUGAACGCCAUUUACAAAGUAGUGAAAAUAAACCUCCGUUAAAGUAGUUCUUAAUAUGGUUAGGUUAGGAAAUUCGAAUUUUAAAUAAAUUAAAAAGCCAGAGACGAGUCUAUGGCAAGAAUCGGAUUAUAAGCGUUACUUAUAGCCCGACUGUCGGGAUGAUAAGAUUUUUUCGCGUUGCA